AUGGCAACUUCAACCAGUUCUAAACUGAGCAAAGCUGUGAAACAGCAGUAUAUGGACCUCCCUCAGGGAGACAAGGUUCAGGCUAUGUACAUCUGGAUCGAUGGCACUGGAGAGGGAUUGAGAUGCAAGACCAGGACUCUAGAUUCAGAACCUAAGACCAUUGAAGAUCUUCCUGAAUGGAACUUUGAUGGCUCCAGCACAUAUCAGUCUGAGGGGUCCAACAGUGAUAUGUACUUGAUCCCACAAGCCAUGUUCAGAGACCCUUUCAGGAAAGACCCCAACAAACUGGUUCUGUGUGAAGUCCUCAAAUACAACCACAGACCUGCAGAAACCAACCUUCGCCAGAUGUGUAAAAAGAUCAUGGAUAUGGUGCUAAACCAGCAUCCUUGGUUUGGAAUGGAACAAGAAUACACUGUCCUCGGCACAGAUGGUCAUCCAUUUGGUUGGCCCUCCAAUGGAUUCCCCGGACCUCAAGGGCCAUACUAUUGUGGUGUGGGAGCUGAUAAGGCCUAUGGACGAGAUGUUGUAGAAGCCCAUUAUAAAGCCUGUCUGUAUGCUGGAGUAAAAAUCUGUGGCACCAAUGCUGAAGUCAUGCCUGCACAGUGGGAAUUCCAAAUUGGUCCUUGUGAGGGCAUUGAGAUGGGAGACCAUUUGUGGAUGGCCCGCUUUCUCCUGCACCGGGUUUGUGAGGACUUUGGUGUUGUGGCCUCUUUCGACCCCAAGCCCAUUACAGGGAACUGGAAUGGAGCUGGCUGCCACACCAACUUCAGCACGAAGGAGAUGCGAGAGGAUGGGGGUUUGAAAUACAUUGAGGAGUCAAUUGAGAGGCUGGCCAAGAGACACCAGUACCAUAUUCGUGCCUAUGAUCCUAAAGGUGGGCUGGACAAUGCCAGACGACUGACCGGCCAUCAUGAGACCUCCAACAUCAAUGAGUUCUCUGCUGGAGUGGCUAACCGUGGUGCUAGCAUCCGAAUCCCACGAUCUGUGGGCCAGGAAAUGAAAGGCUACUUUGAAGACCGUCGUCCCUCAGCCAACUGCGAUCCGUACGCAGUCACUGAAGCUCUUGUACGCACUUGUCUGCUCAACGAAGAGGGUGAAGAGCCUGUGAAAUACAAGUGAAAUACUGGACUGAAGCAUCAAUUCUUUUUUUUUUCUUUUUAUGAAUUUUAUAUAAUUCAUUAGUCCGUCUGAAAUGAGGGGAUGACACUAGUCUAGUAGGGGUGUCAAACUCAGUUCUUGGAGGGCCGGAGCCUUGCAGAGUUUUGUUCCAACCCUGCUCCAACUCGCAUGUAGUUUUCAAAUAAGCCUGAAGUACUUGAUUAGUUGGAUCAGAUGUGUUUUAAUUAGGGUUGAAUCUAAACUCUACAGGGCUUUGGCCCUCCAGCAAUUGUGUUUGACACCCCCUGCACUAGAUCACUUCCCUGGUUGUUGGCUGUAGAAACACUCAUUGGGUACGUUUAUGCCACAGUUUUUAGAUUUCUAACUGCCAGUAUCUUUUUAUAACCGAUUUGUGGAUGUAAUGAUACCGGCAGAGAUGCUGGUUUUAUAGAGACUAGAGUUUGCACCAGAAAUUACUACUACUACAUUGCCUUUAUAACUAAAGCUUUUCUUGUGUUUUGAGCUGUUUUCAGAAUGUUAUCAAAUUUAAAGUGUAACUAACUGUAGAUAUUUUAAUGCUUAUUGUAGUCUGUUUUAGAGCUUUAUUUACCAGGUUAUAAGUUAUGGUUCGGUUUCUCACAGGGACCAAAAGGCAUUAUACUAAUGUGGCUCUCACUUUUCACAGGAUUGUGCAUUUUAUUUUGGCUGGACCACGGUUGGGCAAAAAAAAAAAAACACUUGUCUCUUUACAUUAAAACGCUAAGUAUUUUUACUAAA